AUGCUUACUUUCCUUAAUAUCACUUUAUGGCUUUCUUUCUUAAUACUGACGUCGGCUGCUAACAUUAAUGAGAUUUCGUUUUCUAAUUUAGAAAUUGCCCCACUGACUGCCAAUACACAACCCGACCAAGGCUGGACCGCCAGUUUUGAUUUCACUAUUGCGGAUGCCUCUACUGUCUUAAAGGGUGAUGAAUUUUCAUUAUCAAUGCCACAUAUUUAUAGGAUUAAGUUAUCAGAUACAUCACAAACAACUACUAUUUCUUUGAAGGAUGGUACGGAGGCUUUUAAAUGUUAUGUUUCGCAACAAGCUGCGUACUUGUACGAAAACACUGUUUUUACAUGUACAGCACAAACUGAUUUGUCUUCUUACAAUACGAUUGACGGUUCCAUAACAUUUUCCCUUAAUUUUAGCAACGGUAUUUCCAAAUAUAAGUAUGAAUUAGAAAAUGCAAAGUUUUUCAAAUCUGGACCUAUGCUUGUUCAACUUGGUGAUCAACUGUCUGAUGUGGUAAAUUUUGAUUCCACUUCUUUUACGGAAAAUGUUUUGCAUUCUGGGCGUACAACCGGCUACGGUUCUUUUGAAAGUUAUCAUUUGGGUAUGCGCUGUCCAAAUGGGCAUUUCUUAGGAGGUACUGAAAAGAUUGAUUACGACAAUUCCAACCACAAUGUUAACCUGGAUUGUUCUUCUGUUCAGGUUUACUCAUCCAAUGAUUUUAACGAUUGGUGGUUCCCACAAAGCUACAAUGAUACACAUGCAGAAGUUACUUGUUUUGGUAGCAAUUUGUGGGUUACACUCGACGAAGAACUAGGUGACGGAGAGAUGCUAUGGGUUAAUGCAUUACAAUCACUUCCGGUUGGUACAAACACCAUAGAUCAUGCUUUGGAAUUUCAGUACACAUGUUUCGAUACUAUGGCAAAUACUACAUACACUAGAGAAUUUUCAACCACUAGGGAAUUUAUUGUUUAUCAGGGUCAGAACUUUGCUACCGCCAGCGUCAAAGACCCGUAUACAUCAACCUCAACAAUUGGUUUGACAAGUACACACACUAGCGCGUAUUCUACCGAGUCCACUGAAUCCACCUUCUCAGUUGGUACAAGAAGUCAUACCACCUCAGAGGUGAUUAUCUAUUUGGAGACCCCGAGUACAAAAUCGACCCCAACCAAUACUUCUGAUUGGAAAACUACACACACUAGCGCGUAUUCUACCAAGUCCACUGAAUCCAUCUUCUCAGUUGGUACAAGAAGUCAUACCACCUCAGAGGUGAUUAUCCAUUUGGAGACCCCGAGUACAAAAUCGACCCCAACCAAUACUUCUGAUUGGAAAACUACACACACUAGCACGUAUUCCACCGAGUCUACCGAAUCCAUCUUCUCAGUUGGUUCAGGUAGUCAAACUACAUCAGAAGCGAUUACUCAUGUGGAGACACCCAACAAAAAACUGACUUCAACAGCUGAAUGGACAAGUAGUGUGAAAACACUUAUUUCGUACUUAAGUUCUCCUUCUUCUUCUGCAAUUAUCAACAGCACAUCACUAAUCUCACCAUCCACAGCGAUUGAAACGUCGGACGCUUCAAUUGUCAAGAUGCAAACUCCGACUAUUAUCGAUAUUAGUUCUGUUUACCCCAAAGAGUCAACUUUUGUAUCCACUAAGAAGACCUUCUUGAAUGCAUCUUGUAGCAGCACACAUCUACUCAAUCCUUCCUUUUCUAUGUCAGUUUCACAUACAUCGUCUAUGUAUGAAAGAAAAUCAUUAUCAAAAUCCAUUUUUGCGCCAACUUUGGGGCCAAUACUUAAUACAUCUACGGAAACAAAAACUACGACAUACUUUGAGUAUACUAUUUUGACAUCGCCUACAACUGGUCACGGUUCUUCAAGUGAAACAGUAGCCUCAUUUCAAAGCACAAAAAUUGAUACUUCUUUAGGGUCAACCUUGAAGCCAUAUUAUUCUUCCACAUCGAGCAGCGAAGCCUUUAAUUCGCGACAGAGUUUCGCAUCCACCUCUAUUACCAUUUCAAUUUAUGAAGGUAAAGCUUCUACAUUUUCCUCAACUGAGCUUGGUUCCAUAUUUUUCUUGGUGUUAUCGUAUUUGUUAUAUUAG